AUGAGAAAAACCUUCGCGGAUGUCUGGCUCCUGCUGCACUGCGUGUGUCUGAGCCGGGCCAGCUUCUCGGAGUUAAACAACUCGGAUCCCAAGUUCAGUGGCCCCAUCAACAAUGUAACCAGUCCCGUGGGACGCGACGCAGUGCUCACUUGUGUGGUCCACGAGCUGGUUAGCUUCAAGGUGGCCUGGCUGCGGGUGGACACGCAGACCAUUCUCAGCAUACAAAACCAUGUCAUCACCAAGAAUCAUCGCAUUGCCAUCUCCCACACGGAGCAUCGCAUCUGGCAGCUGAAGAUACGCGAUGUCCAGGAAUCAGAUCGCGGAUGGUACAUGUGCCAAAUCAACACAGAUCCCAUGAAGAGUCAAAUGGGUUACCUGGAUGUGGUGGUGCCACCCGAUAUCGUUGACUUUCAGACCAGCCAGGAUGUGGUGCGUGCCACGGGACAGAACGUGACACUCACUUGCUAUGCAACAGGCGUCCCCACGCCUACCAUCACCUGGCGCCGCGAGGAGUCCACCCCACUCUGGCUAACAGACGAGGGCGAUCGAGAAGUCUACAGCGUCGAAGGACAAAAUCUCACGCUGUGGCAAGUGCAGAGGACUCACAUGGGUGCCUAUCUCUGCAUCGCUUCCAAUGGCGUUCCUCCAACGGUGAGCAAGCGCGUCAUGCUGGUGGUGAACUUUGCGCCCACAAUCUGGACACGAUAUGAUACCAUUUAUGUGGGUUUGGGUCAGAAAGUGACCCUGGAAUGCAUCACAGAAUCGCAGCCGGCAUCAGUGAACUUCUGGCUGAAGGACACGGAGCUGCUGCAAGGUGGCUCCUACGAGUCCGUCGCAGUGGAUCACGCCUAUCGGAUUGUGAUGCGCAUCACUCUGAGACCGGUGACCAAGCGAGACUUUGGCGAGUACAAAUGCAUAGCGAAGAAUGCGCUGGGCGAAACGGAGCGGAGUAUCACAGUGCAUCAUAAAGCCAAGAAGCACGGACAGCAUUCGCACCAAACAUCCGCGCACGAGAGUCAAUUCAUUGUCAUCGAAGAAUACUUGGCUAAUAUGGCUCAUCGGUUCUGUAGUUUUCAUUCGGUUUGGCUAAUACUUUUGUGUUUUGUGAAUAAAGUUUCCAGUUUUUGAACAGUCAAACACUUGGC